AAAGACGACCACAAACAGAACUGAUCAUGAUAACAUUAGUUCAGAAGGUUGUGAGCUACAUAGUGAGAGGCAAAGAGAGCAAUGGGCCCCAAAGUGAUGAACUGGAAAGACCAAGACUGGAGGACUUCAUAGAUAUCAGUCCACACAGCUUGGAGUCAUGGAACUUCGAGGGCACAGUGACCUCAGUCGAUGGAUGGAACAUUGUCAUUAACAAGGACAUCUACUAUGAGGUCCAGAAGCCCAUGACACCAAGCAGCUUCAGUGUGGGUGAUAGAGUAAGUGGCGUUGCACACAGAAGGAGCAACACAGAGGCAUGGCGUGCCACUGAUGUCCAGCUCCAGCAAGAGGCCUGGGAUUCGGCCAACAGUAACUCCACCACUGAUGGAAACCCCCAGAUCCAGGAGUAUGACAGUAGAUCAAGAAGCUUGGGUUCGGGACAGAAAGAUGCAACCGUCAUCUCCUGCAGGGAGCUGGAGGCUGGCAUCCCUGGCAUCUUCAAGCAAGAUCUGCUCUCCUCAAGUCUCAGAAAGAACAGCAGACCAGAGGACGCAUCCUGCACCUCGCAUGAGGGAGAUACUUCUUCAGAGCUGAUACCUGUGGAACAAUGUGCCAUUGGGAAAAUCACAGGCAUCUUUGGCGACUCUGUGACCUUGAACGAGAACCUGCAUUUCAGGUUCUGUCCUGCGGAAUGUAGCUUUCAGUUGAUGAAAGGGGAUUGGAUCGCCUAUAAAGUGGACCAUAACCCUACCACCGAGGAAAAUGGGAGCGACGCAUCUGUUGUGGACCUCCAGCUGUUGUCGAGCGUCGAACCCUUGCGGAGGAGGAGGAUUAGGGGGGAGGUGUCGCGGCAGUAUUCGUCCUAUGCUGUCAUUAAUGAGGAAGUCUUUUGCCCAAAGAGCGUCUUUGAUGAGGCAUUGCUGCAGGCGGGAGACUCGGUCAUCGUAGACGUGAUAGAGAGCGAUCAAGAGAGGUUUUGCUGGAGAGCCGUCAACGUGUCUCCUGUGCCUGCAUAUUCGGACACCCCAGUUAAGAGG